AAAACAAAAGAAAUACCCAAAGUUUAUUAUUGUUAAAAUUAAAGCAAGCAGAAAUAAAACAGAACUGUGUGUGUGUGUGUGUGUGUUUAAAUACUGGAAAGCGCAGAUAAGAUAAAUCAUAUACACGCACACAAUUGCAAACAACGACAACAACAACAACAAGAAAAUAUAAAUAUAUAUAUAUAUAUAUAUAUAUAUAUAUGAAUUCUGUAUCCAACUGAGCGCAACUCAAGUGCAAAAACCAAAUCAAAAAAAGUGUUAAAAUAUAUAUAAUAUAUAUAUAUAUAUAAAUAAUUGGAAAACAAAAAAAGGAAAAACAAUAAGCAAGAACUUGAGCAAAGCAUAAGAGCAAGAGAAAGUCCAAUAGAAAAAGCAACAGCAACAACAACAAAUUAAAACAAUUUACAACGAUAACAAAUAAAUAAAAAAAAAACACAAAAAAUUGCUAUUUCUCGCAAAGGCGCAACGUUCAAGAGCAAAUCGUUCCAUAUGGUUCAUAUUAUUGAAUUGGUCGGCCAGCCGAAGGUUGAGUUUGCUCAACAAGUUACUGUAAGUUGCCAUCAUCCAUUAAUACCACCAGCCAUCAAAUUAAUGAACCGUGCUUUACAGCUGAAGCCAGCUGAAAAUGAAAGUCGCAGCGAGCAUUUAGAUCGCAAGCUGUUCGUUGGCAUGCUCAGCAAACAACAAACCGAAGACGAUGUUAGACAAAUAUUUCAUCCUUUUGGCACUAUAGAGGAGUGCACCAUAUUGCGUGGCCCGGACGGUGCUAGCAAAGGCUGCGCUUUCGUUAAAUUCGGUUCCCAACAGGAGGCUCAAUCAGCAAUAACCAAUUUACACGGAAGCCAAACUAUGCCGGGUGCAUCCUCCAGCCUGGUUGUCAAAUACGCCGACACGGAGAAGGAGCGACAAAUAAGACGCAUGCAGCAAAUGGCCGGUCAUAUGAACCUAUUGAAUCCGUUUGUCUUUAAUCAAUUUGGACCGUACGGCGCCUACGCGCAGCAACAACAGCAAGCGGCUCUGAUGGCCGCCGCGGCAACGGCACCGGGCUCGGCAGCUGCCUAUAUGAAUCCAAUGGCUGCAUUGGCAACGCAAAUACCUCAUGGCCUCAAUGGCACCGGCCAGCCGCCGUCGCUGCCCUCGCCAACGAUGCCCAACUUCAAUAUGGGCGCCAAUACGCCCAAUGGCCAGCCCGGCGGGGCUGCAGCCGCCGCUGCUGCCGCUUCAGUUGCGGAUGGUGUCUUCACGAAUGGCAUUCCACAAACGGCAUUCCCACAUCCGCUGCAUCUGACCAUACCACCACAAGGUUUGCCAAAUGGCGAUGCUGCUGCACUGCAACAUGCCUUCCCUGGUUUGCCACCAUUUCCAGGAGUUGCCUUUCCCGCCGUCUAUGGACAGUUUCCACAAGCUUUACCACCUCCCCUAGCGGCGGUUGCACCCACUCAGCGUGAAGAUUUUCUGAUGUUCCCAGGAUGUUCUAUAUCCGGUCCGGAGGGCUGCAAUCUAUUCAUCUAUCAUUUGCCGCAAGAAUUUGGUGAUGCAGAAUUAAUGCAAAUGUUCCUGCCAUUUGGCAAUGUGAUCAGCUCUAAGGUCUUCAUCGAUCGUGCUACAAAUCAGAGCAAAUGUUUCGGUUUUGUUUCAUUUGAUAACCCCACCAGCGCUCAAGCAGCCAUUCAGGCCAUGAAUGGCUUCCAGAUUGGCAUGAAAAGACUGAAAGUUCAAUUGAAGCGGCCAAAGGAUGCCAGUCGACCUUAUUAA